UCCAAGCACCUAAACUUCCAUUGACUUCAAUGGAAACUGAGGAUGCUUAGUACCACGUAAGAUCUGGGCCCUACUAAGGUAAUUUUUAUUUUUAAUUUGAAGAAAAAAAGCUAGAAAACAUCACUGUAUUAAUGUUGUACCUGAGAUAUUAAAAUCUCAGCUGUUAAUGAAAGAGUGAUGCUCUUUAUGAGCUUGGUUACUAUGUUUUGAAUGUGAGAGAAUCAGUGUCAGCUUUUGUGUAAUAUAGUAUAGAAGGGCUGCAACUGUGACAAUAUCUUAUGUUUAUCUUUCAUGGCCUUUAGUGCUAAGAUGGCAGAGUAACCAUGGGAGACUGGAAUUUUCUUGGAGGCAUCUUGGAGGAGGUCCACAUUCAUUCCACUAUUAUUGGAAAGGUCUGGUUAACUAUCCUUUUCAUAUUUCGAAUGCUUGUCCUAGGUGUGGCAGCUGAAGAUGUCUGGAAUGAUGAGCAGUCAGAAUUCAUAUGCAAUACAGAGCAACCUGGCUGCAGAAAUGUUUGCUACGACCAGGCCUUUCCUAUCUCUCUCAUAAGAUACUGGGUCUUGCAAGUUAUAUUUGUAUCUUCACCUUCCUUGGUCUAUAUGGGCCAUGCUUUAUACAGACUAAGAGCCUUAGAAAAAGAGAGACAAAAGAAGAAGGCACAAGUAAGAAUGGAACUUGAAGGAACUGAACUAGAAAUGACUGAAGAUCGGAAAAGACUGGAGCGAGAACUCCGGCAACUGGAGCAAAGAAAGCUCAACAAAGCACCCCUGAGAGGCUCCUUGCUCUGCACUUAUGUGAUACAUAUUUUUACUAGAUCUGCAGUUGAAGUUGCGUUUAUGAUUGGCCAAUAUCUUCUUUAUGGUUUUCAGCUCAAUCCUCUUUAUAAAUGUCAGAGAGAGCCAUGUCCAAACAUAGUUGACUGCUUUAUAUCAAGACCAACAGAAAAGACAGUGUUCCUGUUAUUUAUGCAAUCAAUAGCAAUUGUAUCAUUGUUUUUAAACAUCUUAGAAAUUGUCCAUCUAGGGGUCAAAAAAAUUAAAAAGGGACUUUGUGGACCUGAUAAAAACAGGGAUGACUUUGAUGAUUUCUAUGUAAGUAAAUCCAAGAAAAACUCUGUAAUACCCCACCCUUGUAUGGGAACAUCCGCAACUCCACAAAAAACUCUCCCUUCUGCCCCUAGUAGUUAUACAAUGUUAAUAGAAAAACAAACUUACAUGGCAGGCCAUGAUGUUCAAAAUUCAUCUUCUGCAUUCCAAUCUGUUAAAAACAACCAUACUGAAAAUAGCAACAAUCACAUGCAUGAUGAAAAAGAAAGUAAAUUGCCAGAUGAGAUGCAAACGUCUAAUACUUUGGACCGUCAUCCUCGAAAUACCAGCUCAAAUAAUAAUGAAGGCUUAAGCAAGGUAUUUGGGACAGAGAUUAAUGGUAGUCAGCAACAAGAUGAAAAGAAACAUUGCCUCAGUGGCAUGCAUUCUAAUCUAGUUGCUGCUUCAGGUCUGUACUUGGGAAGCCUAGCUGAACUGCCACCUGGAAGUUCAUUGCAACCUGAUAUGACUUCUCCUAUUUCAAUUAACUGUGCUCGAAAGCUUUGUGGAGUCAGUUCCCCAUGGAACUGCUCUACAGUAGUUGAGAGUGAAGGGUCUCCAACAGAUUCUCCUUCCAUGAGCAGCAACCGAGGACAAGACAACUUAAGUGGAAACAGAACCCAAGACCUUUCCAAGACUGACCUAAGAAAAAUUGGCAGACCAGACGCUCCUGAUUCUCUAAGUGAGCUGAGCUCAGAAUCCAAACAGAGCAGAAAUUGUGAAAGUCCUCAGGCUUUCUCUCCUUCUCGGCGAAUGUCAUUGGCAAGUAAUGCCAGCAGCAGGCGUGCUCCCUCUGAUCUUCAGAUCUAAGAGUUUGUUACCUUACCUAUAUGUUACAUGAAUGAGCACUUUGGGACACAGUGGCAUUAUUGGACACUGUCACAUGAAUUAUACCUAUUUGUAAUUGUAGUUACGUUAAUCAACUUUCAUCAGCGCUUUCAUGGAGGUAAUGCAAAGAACUAUGCACCCUUGUGCAGUAGUUAAGAACUCCUAAAAUGAGAAAUUGAUAAUAAAAAAUUAUUUGCUCUAUUGGAUUUUGUCAUCUUUUUAUUAAAUCUAAUAGAGCAGAUAAUUAUUAAGAUGACUUAAAAUCUAAUAGAGCAGAUAUCCUCAAUAUCUUUCCUGUUCCUAAAGCAAACAGAUGUCAAAGUAACUUUUAAUUUAACCCAGUAAUUCCUGUAUCAAGUCCAUCCAAGUUCAGCCUCAAAAAUCUAUAGAUCACUGCAAUUUUUUUUUGGGGGGGGCGGAGGGAAGAAGUGAUGGAGACAGGAGCCACUUUUGUGUGGAGGCCUUGUGCCUCUUCAUUGCCUCUUUUCAGCCUCACUCCCACAUAGCUCCAUGCCAGGGGGACUGUGCUGACAGGGAUACAUUUGCUUGCUGCAGUUCCCUCUGAAAAGCACCUUAGUGGGAGUUCCACAUCAGAGAUGGAGAACAUGUAUUUUCUGUUUGUUUUGUUUUAGUGGGAAAAUACUGAAAAGAAUGGACCUCCACUGCCCCCUCUCUAGAUCUGUGGAACCCACAUUCCACGAAGCACCUGUGAAAUAUAAAAGGGUUUAUGUGAGGAUAGGGAGAAGUGAGCACUAUUCCACGUAGCCUGCAUGCUCCCAGGGAGCAGCCCCAGUUGUUUGGCUGGCCAGGGUGGGAAAUGUUUUCAGCACCCUCUCUGCCUAAGCAAUGGAGCAUCGAAAAAACAAAAGCAAAGCAACAACCCUCCCCCCCCCGAAAAAAAAAAAAAACUGGAAAAGCCAAGUGGUGAUACAGCGCCCAGGACAAUUGGUGCCCAGGACAACUGCUCUGCUCUUUCACCCCUAGAACAGGCCACACACGCUUUCCUCUGUGCCUCCUUGAGUUAAAUUCACAGUUUUGAGCAAUAUUUCCAUAACUGAUAGUGCAACAUCAAGGUUAAAACAAGGAAAAAAAAAAACAAAAGCUAGGAAAUUGAAAAGUCAUUUUUCUUUUAACAUUAGGCAUGUUGCACAUGGUGAAGUAUUUACUAUUCUUGUGUAUCUUGUUAAAUCUAUCUACCUUAGGCUUUUCUUUGGUGUCUAUCACUUUAGCAUCUGAGGUAAAUACAUAGUUGUAUGUUAUUCUAUUGAUAUUCCUAAAUAACUACCUUACCAUAUACAGGAUGUGUAAUAUGUUCCAUUAACAAUCAUGUAGUAAUCUUAACUUUUGCAUUUUCUGACUUUUAAAAUUUUAAUUGGGAAUAC